UUUGAUGCUGCAGAUCAACGAAAUAUCAUUCCAAACAUUCUUAUCCUAUUUUUUGUUUCGAGCAUCAUAGUAUUAUGUUAUUAUAUUUUUAUGAUAUUCGUUUUCAUAAAAUGAGUUGAGUAGGAGAUGGCAGAGUUUCCAGGAUAUAUUCGUUACUGCUUGAACACAGGGAAGCUUCUCCUUUUAGCAGUUUUGGUCUCUGGAGGAGUUGUCUUGCACAUUUUGGCAUGUGCGUUAUAUAAAAAUUGGUGGCCAAUGCUAACUGCGAUAACAUAUGUGAUUCUUCCAGUACCUUUGCUCUUCUAUGCGGGAUCUGAACGUUCUUCUGUAUUUUCUGACUCAGAUAACACCUGGGUGAAUGCAACCAAGUUCAUAAGUGGGGCAUCAGCAGUUGGAAGCAUUGCCAUUCCAGCCAUAUUAAAGCAUGCUGGUGUUAUCAGUUGGGGAGCCCUUGCUAUGGAACUCUCUUCAUUCUUUGUGUUUGUAUCUGCCAUAAUGUGUUACAUAAGGAUGAAUGAUAACGAUGAUUAUAGUAUUCUUUGAAGUGAGGGCAUGAGAGGCUUGCUUCUUCCUCUAAA